CGGCGAACGGAUGGAUAGCCUCCUGGACACCUGAGGCCCAUGUCUCUAACUUAAUUCCGUCCUUCAAUUUAAAAUCUAUCAGCAUUCCGUUAUGAUUCUACACUUUUUUACUUUUGUCUUUCUAAACCGUCUCAUUGCCUCCUCCGCCCUCUUUACCCAGUCUCUCCUCUCUUGUCGAUCUCCAGAGGCGCCGGAAUCCUCUUGUUUCCUCACCAAUUCAUCCCGGGUUUGUUCUCCGCACCAGUAGACAGCGCCCUGCAAUCAUUCAUUCCAUUAUCAUUCGACAUGGCCACCACAAACGAUUUCCCUGCAUCCGACGUCAAUAGCUAUGACUAUGUUAUUGUCGGCGGUGGCACGGCCGGCUGUGUCAUUGCUAGUCGGCUGGCUCAGUACUUGCCCAAUAAGCGAAUUCUAGUCAUUGAGGGUGGUCCCAGCGACUUCAUGGAUGAUAGAGUCCUUAACCUCCGGGAAUGGCUCAACCUCCUGGGAGGCGAGCUGGACUAUGACUAUCCCACCACAGAGCAGCCCAUGGGCAACAGCCAUAUCCGUCACUCUCGCGCCAAGGUCUUGGGUGGCUGUUCCAGCCACAACACUCUCAUUUCCUUCCGCCCCUUCGAGUAUGACUGCAGAAGAUGGGAGGAGCAGGGUUGCAAGGGCUGGUCCUUUGAGACCUUCACUCGCGUCCUCGACAACCUGCGGAACACUGUCCAGCCCGUUCACAGCCGUCACAGAAACCAGCUGUGCAAGGACUGGGUGCAGGCUUGCUCGACUGCCAUGAACAUUCCCAUCAUCCACGAUUUCAACAAGGAAAUCCGUUCCAAGGGUGAACUAACGGAGGGUGUUGGUUUCUUCUCCGUCUCGUACAAUCCAGAUGAUGGCCGUCGCAGCAGUGCUAGUGUAGCAUACAUCCACCCUAUUCUGCGCGGUGAGGAGAAGCGCCCCAACUUGACAAUCCUUACCAACGCGUGGGUGUCUCGCGUGAAUGUCGAAGGAGACACCGUCACUGGUGUUAACGUGACUCUGCAAUCCGGUGUCAAACACACCUUGCGAGCCAAGAAGGAAACCAUUCUUUGUGCCGGUGCUGUCGAUACGCCGAGAUUGAUGCUCCUCUCCGGUUUGGGACCCCGUGAGCAGCUGAGUUCUCUCGGGAUUCCGGUCGUCAAGGAUUUGCCUGGUGUUGGUGAAAACCUCCUCGAUCACCCAGAGAGUAUUAUCAUUUGGGAACUCAACCGUCCUGUGCCCCCCAAUCAGACUACCAUGGAUUCGGAUGCGGGCAUCUUCCUGCGGCGCGAAGUUCCCAAUGCGGCUGGCUCCGAUGGCCGUGCCGCCGAUAUCAUGAUGCAUUGCUACCAGAUUCCCUUCUGCCUCAACACGACCCGUCUGGGCUAUGAAACCCCCGUUGAUGCCUUUUGCAUGACACCCAACAUUCCUCGCCCCCGCUCUCGUGGUCGUCUAUACCUGACCUCGGCAGACCCCUCCGUGAAACCGGCUUUGGAUUUCCGCUACUUCACUGACCCCGAAGGCUACGACGCCGCAACCAUCGUGGCCGGUCUCAAGGCUGCGCGCCGGAUUGCCGAGCAGGCUCCGUUCAAGGAUUGGAUUAAGCGUGAGGUGGCGCCGGGACCUAAGGUCCAGACUGAUGAGGAAUUGUCAGAGUACGGUCGCCGUGUGGCUCACACGGUCUACCACCCUGCUGGUACCACCAAGAUGGGUGAUAUCUCCCGCGAUCCCAUGGCUGUUGUUGACCACCAGCUUAAGAUCCGUGGUCUGAAGAAUGUCCGUAUUGCGGACGCUGGAGUCUUCCCUGAGAUGACGACCAUCAACCCGAUGCUGACUGUGCUGGCUAUCGGUGAACGCGCUGCCGAGCUGAUCGCUGAAGAGGCAGGCUGGACUCGGGAACAGCCCAAGCUGUAGAAGGCCUUGUUUUCCAAGCUUGCGGGUUUGCUUGUGCAUUCCUGGUACACGGGGUGCGCGGAGCCAUGCAAAAUGGCUCUUAGUUGGCAAAGCAUUCCUUUUGUCGAGAUGCCUGUCUUCGCCCAUCCAAUUAUAUUCCAUAAAGCGACUGACUUCAUGCGGGAUCAUGAGUGGUGCAAAGUUGGGUGGUGUGCUUGUAUUGGGAUCACUGGAGUAGAAAAGCGCGCAAAAAAAGAAGUUCGAAUAUGAUGGAUGCUUUUUAGCGUGGUGUUGGCCUGGAAAUUGCAUGAUGCCUUUUUAUAUACAGAUGCUGGCUCCUUUUUGGAUAUUUGUCCAGAGAGCAAUUCACACAAAAAUAUGCUGUAUAUAGCAAAAGGUGACAAAAGAGAAAUAGACAAGAAAUACCACGAAAUACGAGCACUGAUACAUUUUAGAGGAACCAACAAACAAGUCUAAUGAUGUAUUGUCUUUAAAUCUAGUUUAUAGUCUGGGC